AUGAACUUAUCAUUAUUAAAAGUAUCAGAAUUAAAAGAAGAACUUGGAAAACGAGGUCUUUCAAGAACAGGACUUAAGAAGGAUCUUAUAGAUCGUCUUGAAAAGGCUUUAAAUGAAGAGGGAUGUACCACAUUUUUGGAUAAUAAUUCAACAAAGAUAUCAGUAAAUGAAAAGAUUAAUAAUGAAUCUGAUAGUCAGGCUAUAAAAAGUCCUAAAAAAGCUGGAAAGAAUGAUAUGUUUAUAAUAGAAGAUAAAGAAGUCAAAGAACUUAUUAAAGAAGAAAAAGAUCAAAAGAAUAUAGAGGAAGUUGAUAAAGAUGUAUCUUCUAUUUAUUUGAAUAAAAAAGAAGAAAAUGAAGAAUUGAAGAAUGAAAUAAAAAGAAAUAUAAAUAAUGAAAUAUUAUUAAAGAAUGAAGAAAAAAUAUGUAGUAUGUCAUUAAAAAGAGGUCUGGAACAUUUAAAUGACGAAACAAAUAAAGCAAUAAAAAAAAUUAAAGAGAAUUCAGAAGAAUUAAACUCAAAUUUAUCAGUAGAAAAAUCUAUAGAAACUAAAAGUUCUAAUAAUACGCAUAAUGAUACUUUAAAUAAAACAGAAAAAAUAUCAGAACCUAUACAUAAAUUAACAAGUGCGGUUUAUAUACGUGAUUUUACUCGGCCUCUGCAAGCAUCUCAAUUUAAAUCUUAUUUAUUAGAUAUUAUUAAGGGGGUAGAUGACAUAAAUGAUAAUAUAUUUAAACAAUUUUGGAUGAAUAAUCUUAAAACACAUGCGUUUAUUGUAUUUACAGAUGUUGAUCAUGCAAAAAGAGUUCGUGAUGUUUUGCACAAAUCCAUUUGGCCUUAUGAGAAAGGAAGGCAACCUUUAUGGGCAGAUUAUGUUCCAGAAGAUAAAGUAAAUGAAUGGAUUAAUAUAGAAGAACAAAGUCCUCGAGAUACUAAAUGGGAGGUUAUUUAUGGUGUGAAUGGAGUAGCUAAUUUAUCAGAAGUUAAAAAAAAGGUGCUUAAUAAAAAAUUUGUAGCUUUAAAUCAAAAAAUAGAAAGAUCAUUUCAAAACAACUCUAGUUAUAAAUACGAAACAAAAAGAUCAGAUAUUAAAAAGUAUAAUUUAAAUGAUCUUUUUUUAAAAACACAAACAACUCCAUUUUUAUAUUAUAAAACAGUUGAUCAAAAUAUAGCUGUUAAUAGAUUAAAAAAGUCAGAAUAG